UAGUUCUUUGACACAUAGGGCGUACAGCGCAUUGAUUAGCAUAAUCUCUUUUUCGUAUGAUCGAUCCGAAGAACUUAUUUCAUCAAUUUCAUGACACACAUCUACUGUUUUUUAUUUAUUCUACAGCUAUUUAUUCUUAUAAGUUGCGAUAGCCAUGUUCGGUUCAACGAUAAGGAAGUAUACAACAGAGGAAGCGCGGAAGACUCUGACGGAAGAACACACUACAGGGGAUCCCUGAGCGUUCGAAACAAGGAAGACGAUGAUGAUGACAAUGAUGACGAUGAUGACGAUAGUUCCAGAUCCUCAAAAAACUUGGUUGUUGGGCAGAUUUCCAGUGCAUUUUCCAAUAAGCAGAGUUUUUCCUGUCCUCGGGCUAAACCAUUACUGCACACUGGAGAAACAUUAGCAGAUCUUUCGCCUGAAGAUAUCGACAUCGUUGCCGCUAUGGGUGAUGCACUUCCGGCAGGUCGUGGCUUAUGGGAGGGAACUCUAGUAGAAUUUCGUGGCGCAGCGUUUCCUAUCGGAGGUGAUGCCAAUAUCGAUGGACUAGUCACUAUACCGAAUAUUCUGCUGGAGUUCAAUGAACAAGUGGAAGGUGUCUCUCAUGGAAUGGGUAAGCGAAGUCGACUGCCAGACUACCAACUGAAUGUUGCCGAAUCAAACACGGAAACUGAAGAUCUUCCAGAGCAGGCUACUGAGCUCGUGCGUCGUUUACGCUCAAUCAUGACUCCUUACGAACUCAGCAAGAAAUGGGUGUUGCUCGUAAUUGCUACUGGGACUGAAGAGUUCUGCAAUCGAUGCGAGACUCCGAGCCAUUCAUCCAUACGACGUGCCAUGGGUAUUCUCCGCAAGGCGAUACCGAAACUGUUUGUGGUACUGUUGGGUCCUGUACACGUAGCAUCGUCACGACGUACUAACAUUAAUGUUCUCAAAUCGCGUUGUCGUUGUUUGGAAACGAUUUCCAUGACUAAGUAUCGGUCACUUGUUCACGAAUGGAAGGACGUAUUUGUGCAAGUUCAGAAUGAGUUCAACAGCUUGAAGUAUGCAACCUUCGGAGUGUUAGCCAUUGCUCGACUUCCCAUACACUCCAGAGAACCUGAAUCGCUCCUUGUUCCGGGAAAGCCUCUGCUAAACAGGAAAGGCCACACGUACGCUGCAAAAUGGUUAUGGAAUAGAUUAUUGGCUGGACCAACCUACAACUUUUCAAACGUGGUAUUUUCCGAGGAUUCUUACUUCUGCCCGUCGGUGGGAUGUCCGUACUUCCGUACCGUACAAAAUCUGGAACGAUGCACAGUGAUGUUGGAAAGCGAUUAUCAGCGAUUGUAUGCCGCUACUAAACAACCAGCAAACGGGACAACGAAAACUCCACAUCGAGUUGUCGUCCGCAACAACUUGUUGGAGAUUAUCGCGUUGGUCGUGUCUCUGUGCUUCAUAUCAGUCAGUGUUCUUGGCACGUACUUCUACUGCCGCAGUCGAAAGGCAACGGUUGGGCGAUUCGAAGUUGUUCCCGAGGAAGGAACCACGCAAUAAAGCACUUUUUCUAUAUUUCCAUGAACUUCCUUUGUUGUUAUUUCACUGAUCAACCAAAUGUUAAAGUCGUGUAAGGUCAUGAGACGUUGAAUGAAACUAUGUAUAAAGG